AUGCAUAUUUACACAAAGGUGUCUCGUCUGUUUGUCAGUGCCGAGUACUCCAGCUGCGGAGAGUACGAGUUCUUCAACCAGACCAGCAACAGCUGCCAGGCCUGUCCUCAGUGCCAGCCAGGGCAAGAACCGCAUAUGAACUGUGGUUACGGUAUGAAGGAUGAGGACUUUGCCUGCAUACCGUGUGCACAAGGGAAAUACUCCAAAGGAAAGUACGAGAUCUGCAGGCGCCACAAGGACUGCGACGCUCUCUACAAAGCCACUGUCCGUGUAGCAGGAACUGCUGAAAGUGACGCUGAGUGUGGACCAUGUUUACCAGGGUAUUAUAUGUUGGACAACAAACCCAGGAACGCUUAUGGGAUGGUCUGCCAUUCCUGCCAAAAUGCCCCGAGCAACACAAAAGAAUGCAUGCAAAUCAGCAAACCCAAAGAAAAAACACCAAUUAACCCUGGGAGCACUACAGUCUUCCCUCACCGAAUUAAAGAAUCACCUGGACAGGGUCAUUUAGCCACAGCGCUUAUUAUCGCCAUGUCAACCAUUUUCAUCAUGGCUAUCGCCAUCGUUCUCAUCAUCAUGUUUUAUAUCCUGAAGGCCAAGCCGGGUGGCCAUGCAUGUUGCUCUGGCCAGGUUGUGAAAGCUGUGGAGGCUCAAACCAUCAAACAGGAUGACAAGAAAGAUGUCCCUGCCAACCCCAACUUGUGCCUCGUGGACCUGGGCAACAAACCCGACCUCUCUCUGCUCUCUUUGGGACUCCUGGACCGCGGCCGCACAUCCAAUGGUGCCCCCAUAGUUGCAGCCAGCCACACCAUUAACAUCCAGAGUCCCAACCACAUCAACAGUGUCAACCACAUUGCCUCCAGCAACCACAUCAGCAGCAUGAACGGGAUCAACAACAAUAAAACCCCAGGGAUGCUACAGAGUCGAAGGAAAAAAAUACUAGAGCUGUAUGCUAGGACCUGCAAUGUUACCGAAGGCCUAAGCCCUACAGAGCUUCCCUUCGACUGCCUGGAGAAGGCCAGCCGCAUGCUGAGUUCCUCCUACAGCAGCGAGGCGGCUGUUGUGAAGACAUGGAGGCACCUGGCAGAGAGUUUCGGCCUGAAGCGUGAUGAGAUCGGCGGCAUGAGCGACGGCCUACAGCUCUUUGAGAGAGUGAGCACGGCCGGCUACAGCAUCCCUGACCUCCUCACUCGGCUGGUGCAGAUCGAGAGGCUGGACGCUGUAGAGUCACUGUGUGUGGAUGUGCUGGGAACCAGCGAGGUGGUGGCAGUGGCUGGACGACAGAGUAUCAACAGCUUCCACAGCCAGCUGGUGUGUCCGUCCCAGUGCACCUCUCCCUCCCAGCGCUGUGCCAGUGUCUGAAUAUUCAGGAGGUCUUUAAGUACACAUUUAUGCAGGGACAGCGUUUGCUCUGACAAGUAGGACAUUAUGUGUACAAAAUUACCCCAUCACAUGAAGAAUGCCAGUGGGCGUCUUGUCCACAUUUGUUUAUAUUUUAAGAAGCUAAACUCCAAAUACCAAAAAAAAAAAAAAAGAAAAAAAACGAUUGCUUUUCUGUGUUUUUGCUGCAAAGUGUGAGAGGGAAAAAAAGAUGUAUUUUUUUUUAGAAAACAAGUUGCUAAAUCUCCAAUUUCACUUUGGUUCUGCUCUGCAAUAAUGUAAUCAUCUAAUUUGCUUUCUGAUUUUUAAUCAUCAUGUUGUGUUCCACAAAAUAAUUGCAUUGCAUGAUACUCAAAUACCCAGAAAUCCUUUGCGCUGGACGCAACGUGACAUUUCCAUUUUUAAAAGUUAAGGAAUGAAAUUAAUUUUUUAUACAGGUGCAUCUCUCUAAAUUAGUAUAUCAACAAAAAGUUAAUUUAUUUCAGUAAGUAACUUCAAAGAAGUAAAUACAGUGUAAACCUGUACGCUGUAAAAAUUAAUGUCACUCAAAGAAAUUUGUUCAAAGCAUUAAAUUUAGGAGGUUUUAAUAAAAAAUGAUCAGUCUUUUGAAAGUGUAUCCAUGGUAUAUGUAGUCAGUACUAGGUCAGGGCUCCUUUUGCUUGAAUUUCUGAUUCAAUGCAGCAGAACAUAGAGGUGUUAAUACUCUUGAAGAACAACAGUCUGUUUCUUUUGCAAUGACUGAUCAUCAUAUUUCAACUGUGUCUUAGGAUUUCAAGGGCUUUAAACCAUAAUAAUCAAAAUUGACACAAACUUGAAAUAUAUCUCCAAUAAAUCUAUAAGGUACAUGGGUUUUAUUUUGCUAAAAUGCAUUAACUUUUUGAUGAUUUACAAGUUUAAGAUGCACCUACUGUUUUUUUUCUUUACCCCUGGUUCUCCACCAGCCACCAAUGUCUUUUUCUGAGGGUUUUUCGUUAAAGGACAUCGCAAUAAUAAUAUUGAUAUUUGGAACUGACCAUAGGUGUCCUUUGCUAAAAGCUUUUGAAUUUGUGCACAGACCUCGUGCUUCAUCCAGCAAUUCAUGAAGCUAGAUGCUUUUGUCCAUAAAGAAAGCGACCCAGUUUGACCGCAGCCUUAGUUCCAAUUCUUAACUGCUCCAUUGAUCAUACUGUCAUCACACAAAGAGAGCAGCAAACAUGGCUUUCCUUCUUCCCAUCACUGGGACCAGAUGGAAAUGCUAAAACAUCACUCAGCUCAGCUUUUGCUUGAUACAUUUGCUUUGGGCAUCUGUUGACGCCAAGGUGUCUGUUGCUGAAUUUUACUUGCAACAAAAACCCAAAAAGAAAAAGCAAAAGCAGAAACCACCAACAGUGCAAUUAGAUAUUUUCAGCUUUAAGACCUUGCAAGGACUUUGGGAUGAUGUUUACGUUAAAGCAAUUGUGGAUUUAUCCACUGAUUAACAUAMAAUACGUCUGGUAAGCGUGGAGGCGCUGAUGACACGCAGAUGUAGCGGAUGGAAAAGUUCAACCGACCUCCUCAUAACAAAGGAAAGAAAACCUCAAAACACACGGACACAUUUUUAGGUGGAGAGUUUAACGUUUUAAGUGUCCUGGAUGAACACAGCAUUCUGCCUGGGACCACAUGUCUACAAUCCUAACGCACAUUCACACACUCUCCUACUACACCUACUUCCUGCACAGUGACCCUGGCUGUGACCCUCUCCCCCUCACUCCCCCUAACUGCCUGUUAGUCUACUUAUAGCCCAAUUUUGCGGUCUAGCAUUGCCGCCAUCCCUAAUUAUUUGGCGUGUGGCUCACCAUGCCCCUAAUAACCUGAUGUGUUGUGGUUUACAGAGCGGGUGCAAAGUGCCUGUGACUUCCAGCACCUAAUUAAACAUUUAGGGCCACUUAACUGUUAAACACCCAAGAGAGCAGCUAUAAAAUUCCUGCAAAGCAAUGCCAGGACAGCUGAGUGGCCUCACUGGCCCCAGGGUUGCUGCGUUCAGAGGUAGAAGUAGCGUUACAUUUGUCCAUGCCUGUCUCCUCUCAUUCGGCUUUAGUGUCUGGCCCAGUCAUGCUCAGACAGGAUUUUAGCUCCCCUCUAUUGGUCCCCUAUGGGACCAAUAGACUAAACAAGAACAAUAUGCAAUUGUGUGAAUUCUGAGAAGCAGCUGAAGCUGGUUAGGUGUUGUAUGAACGUUCCAGGAACUGCUUCUGAUAAGCAUCAGACCAGACGUUAGUGCUCGUUCUAAAACUUACCAGCCCGCCAUUAAGAAAGCUGCCAAUCAUGAAUACUAAUUUAUUCAGCAGUUUUGUGUCAAAAACCAAGCAAACUGUUCCAAAGUCCAGGCAGUGCCAAAAGUUGCUUUGAUCUCAGUUUGUUGAAAUGGAAGUGAUCUUAAUCUGAUCCAUGUUGUUGCCUGCAUAAUGUCCCUUUUACUGCUCUGCACAGAGGUUUUCUUUUUCUGCAUCUGUAUCUUCCAUUACAAUCUGGGGCUGGACUCCUGUACGUAUUGCUGCACAUGGACAUCGACUACAUAGGUUUUUGUCUCUGAUCUAAAGCUCCAGUUGAAAUAUUCUGCUCCAUCAGGACAGCAUUUUGGUUUUAUCUCUUAAUGUUUUGCACAUAUUUGUGAAAAACAUUGCCUGCUAGAGCUUAUUCUCAUAAAUUUUGCCUGACAUAUUUUAUGCUGAUAUAUUAUACAGAAGCCAUUCCUGAAUAUCUUACCUCAGUAGCACUUAAAGCAUARUACAAUGUGUAGAAACACACAAAAUUGUCACAGAACCAAAUUGUAACUGUGUAUAUAUAAGUUAUUAUUGUAUAUAAAGUAUACCUUAUUAAAGAUGUAUGGUGGAAUGUG